UACAUAUAUACACAAAUAUAUACAGAUCUAUAUAAAUAUAUACAUAUAUUCAUUAUCACCUACUCUUUUGUUUUAUAUAUAUAUAUAUAUAUAUUUACUGUUAUUGCUUUGAAUGCAUCUCAGAGCAUUACUUCUUUAAACAUCAUAAUGUCGCUUAACAUUGUCCCACCAGAAAUCCUUGUUGAGAUUCUCCGCUUCUUAGAUCCCUCAUCGGUGUAUUCUUUUAGCUUGGUUAACAAGUACUUAUCAGCAACAGCUACUCCCCUAUUAUGGCAUUCACCCAUACUCCACCAUGAAGAUCAGUUUACCCAAUUUCUUUCGUCACUGGCAAUGACUACCAAACAACUAGGACACCACGUGCGUGAAUUGAAUCUAGACACCCCACACUGUCCCACCGAUGAAGAAGUCUUGUUUCUUAUUGAGCGAAUGCCUCACCUUGAGAGUUUCUCUUCCGCAGAUUCGCAUCAACUUACGAAUUCCAGUCUUGGCAGAUUAAGUCAUUACUGCCCCGACCUUCAGGAACUCUCACUCUGUUCAGCAGGAAUAUCUUAUCGAGCAAUGCACCACCUCGGUCAAUGCAAGAGUCUCAGGUCCUUGUCACUGAAAAACUGCGAAGAACUGGUGCCCAUCAGUCUGCUGCCGCUUGCAGACUGCCCGCUUGAAUAUUUGGAUCUGUCGGGGUGUAAGUGGCUCAAUGCAGAAGACACUGCCUAUGAUGUGCGUGCGUUCACAAAACUCAAGGUGCUGGGCCUGAUGUGCUGCCAAGGCGUUACGACCGAAUUUAUCCAGUGUCUGGCUCAAUAUCCCAACCCUGAACUGACAGUGUUUUCUAUCACUGGCUGUGAUAUAAGCGACGACGGGAUCGUGUCGUUUGUGAAAGCCCAUCCAAACCUCGAACACCUCACCCUCAUGGACUGCACCAUCACAGACACAUCGCUGUUUGCUAUCCAGACCCACCUUCCGGUCCUGCACUACCUCGAAAUUUCAUACUGCAAUCGGAUUACAAAGAGCGGUGUUCGUCAUAUGAUACGUAACAUGCCUUGUCUGGACCUCAUCGGCCUCAAGAACUGUAACAUCAAGCUCAGGGAUUUCCCAGAGGUCGAGUCGUCUCCAAACGUCUAUUGGGCAAGUGGGAUCCAUGUAGAUCGGUUCACGGUUUAUGAACUCGAACUGGUUCGCAAAGCAGAGUCUCAACCCCCAACACCAGAAACAGAUAGUGGUGAUAAUACUGAUAUUGAGACUGAGACUGAUAUUGAUGUUGAUGUUGACGACGAAAUUAAUAUCAGCUACCCUCAUUUUCAUUCACUGAUCAUUUUCCCACAGCAACCACUAGUUCUCCAACAGCGAGCACUACUUUUAGCACACCACCAACAACAGCAGCAACAACAGCAGCAACAAUCUCAAACACAAUCUCAACAUCACUUCCGCCCUCGAUCUGAACCUGAACCUGAACCUGAACAAGUCCACAUUGAAGAGCCUUAUUCAGAACUAGCAGAAAACAUACAUGAGAAUUAUUCUUACAUUCAAGAUUAUCUCAACACACUCUAGACAAAUCUUCUGAUAUUAUUUAUACCAUUCCAAUCACAUUGACCAUAUCUUUCUUUUUCUUUUUCUUGCUUCUUUGCCUUUUCCACACAAACACUCACAUUUCAUUAAACAAGCCCAAACUUAAACCC